UGCCAUUGAAUUCAGAAGUUCUUUAAGUCCGUUCAUUUUAGCGGCAGUUCGCACGAUUUGGGCGUGGAAAUGGUUCGCCAGACAAGGUCGGAGUGGAAAGCUGGUUACUUCAAAAAGCUAAGCAAGCAUCUGUCUGAAUUUGACAAGUGCUUUAUCGUCAAUGUUGACAAUGUGCGAUCAAAGCAGAUGCAGCAAAUUAGAUUAUCAUUACGUGGAAGCGCAGAGGUAGUCCUUGGCAAAAAUACAUUAAUGAGGAAAGUUAUUCAAAAUCAAAUCGAACGUAAUAGCACUUUGGAUAAAUUGUUACCACACAUACGUGAGAACGUUGGAUUCGUCUUCACUAAUGGGGACUUGUGUGAAAUUCGAGAAAAGAUAGAGAAUAAUCGCGUUGAGGCCCCAGCUAAAGCUGGAGCAAUCGCUCCAUGUGAUGUCAUUGUACCUGCUCAAAACACCGGCUUGGGACCUGAAAAGACAGCAUUCUUUCAGGCUCUCAGUAUUCCGACGAAGAUCGCAAGAGGAGCUAUCGAAAUACUCAACGAUGUACACCUGGUGCACAAGGAUACAAAAGUUGGUAUGAGUGAGGCUACUCUGUUGGGAAUGCUGAAGAUUCAUCCAUUCACUUAUGGACUGGUGAUUAAACAGGUAUUUGAUCAAGGAUGUGUGUAUGAUCCUGCGGUUCUAGACAUCACUCCUGAGAUGAUCACAGAAAAGAUUAUCGCUGGUGUUCAAAACAUAGCGUGCUUGAGUUUGGCUCUAGGCUACACAACCUUGGCUAGUAUUCCUCAUGUGCUUGCAAAUGCCUUCAAGAAUAUGUUGGCCGUGGCUGUUAUGACGGAUUAUACGUUCAAAGAAGCCGAACAAAUCAAAGAAUAUAUUGCAGACCCUACGAAGUUUGCUGCCGCUGCUGCACCUGUCGCUGCCGCUGCCCCAACUGUAGCAGCGAAGGUUGAAGAAAAAGCUGCUCCUGCAGCCCAAUCCUCUGAAGAAAGUGAAGAUGAUUUAGGAUUUAGUUUGUUCGACUAAUCUCCUAAUAAAUGACUGUGAGGUAGA